ACGAGUCUGUGACUACGUGAGGACACAAGGUCAUUCUUUUUACUCACAUCCAGACGCUUGAGGCUUAAUAGUGAUCGCUUUUCUCGACCGCGAGCACGAACUUCCUCUUAAAACCCAAGACCAUACCCUUGCCGGAUUUAGACAUGCAGAUUUUCAACCUGAUACUUCUACCCCUCCUAUUGAUAUCGACUUCAGAGGCUGGUCCUCUGAGCAGAAAGGUGGACUCGCGACAUGGUGUUGUCGACUCCCCAAGGUCGGCAUUAGCACAGCAUGGGAGAGGAAAGUGGGCAAGGCAGUUUGACACCGCCUUUAACAGCACCUCGGCCACGAUUACCACCACAAGCGCGACUAUCUCAAGCGCAUCGGCUGGCUCAUUGGAUACCGAAUCCCCGAGCACCAGUGAUGGAGGCACGAGCUCCUCCUAUAGCAGCGCGGAAGACUCCAGUUCGCCAUCCGCGUUGCCAACAGAGCAAACCGCUGAGGCAGCUACCUCUACGGCUGGACCCUCUUCUACCAAUGCUGAUGAUGGCUUGGGCCUGUCACGAUCGCCAUCCCUGAGCGCUCCAACCUCGAGUUCGGAUGCCCAAACGGAAAAUGACUCUUCCACAUCGGCGUCGGCACCGUCGCUUGACUCUUCCAGCGCCUCCCUAUCUGGACAGUCCGAGCCCUCGCAACAUGCUAGCCUGAUAACCGUGACAUUUGUGCCGGGCGCGGCAUUUCCGACAUCUACAGCGCCACGAUCCAUACCUGGUUCAUUGACAGAGGCUACAAGCAGCGCCCCGUCUUUCUCUAUCCCCGAGCUGUCUUCUAGCGGUACUGCUAGCAUAUCCGAAGAGGUCGCAUCUCGUGCGUCCUCGUCACUGAGCAGCAACGUCCCGAGCUCUCCUUCGACCUCGCCCAGCAGUACUGACAGCAUACCCGCGUUCUCGUCACCAAGCGACAUCGCCCCUGCGACCUCUCCUUCGGCUUCCACUAGCGGUACCGAUGGUGCACCUGACUUCUCAUCAUCGAGCAGCACCCCCCCGAGCUCUCCUUCGACCUCUCCUAGCAGUACUGAUAGUGCACCUGCGUUCUCGUCACCGAAUAGCAUCGCCUCGACCCCUCCCUCGACUUCCCCAAGCAGUACUGACAGUGCACCUGUGUCCUCGUCACCGACCAGCACAACUCGCACCGUUCCUUCGCCGACUGUCCCCAGCAGUACUGAUAGUGAACCUGCGUCCUUGUCACCGAGCAGCGCGACUCAAACAGAGCAAACCGCUGAGGCAGCUACCUCUACGGACGCUCCUCUGGCCUCGGGUGACCCAACCUCAACUUCGUCCGCCUCCUCCGCUUUGUCUUCAUCGUCGACAAACACUUCCAGCUCUUCAGCGGCCGUUCAAUAUUCGGCUACGCACUAUCGUGCUACUGGAGCAGUCAACGCUAAUGUGCCUACUGCUCUCACCUCUAUUCCGUCUGCAACGACAACGGUGUCCGCCGCAGACUUCGCAAAGAACGUUGAUCGGGCGAGGGAGCUCAACACCCUUUACGCUAACCUCACCGAAAAUUCUGCCUGUGCCGGGAACCAAGCGGCAUGCAUCAAUGGCAACGUUGGCAGAUGUCGCCCUGACGGCUCAUACGACAUCAUAUUCUGCCCCGCUGGCACUAGCUGCUUCGCCUUGCCCAUGGAAAACGCCGUUGCCGUCACCCUUGACUGUGUCGACCGAAAGACGGCUAAGAGUAUCUUGGGUACUCUCCCGGCUGCUCCACCAACAGGCGGAGGAGCCCCGACUUCUUCUGGUCAAGCCACGGGGGGCGCCGCUACAGACAGCACGUGUACAGCAGAGAGCUACAGCAGUACGACAACGGUGACACGAGAUGGCUCGGACAUCACCUUGACCGUGACUGUGACUGAAACCUCGACUUCUGAACAACCAACGUCAACGCCACCGGCGCGGGGGCCGGCAUCAGAUGUCACCUCGACUAUCGGAGGGGCAACUGACACCGAGGGGGCCUCUUCACCCCCUUCGCCGACAUCAGAGGUUCCGAAUGUCUUGUCGAAACCCGCCCCUACGACUUCGAGCGCGCCAGAGACCGAGUCCACCAAUUCGACCUUCAUCACCAAGUCAUUCGCUUCCAACGCGGUCGUCCCCACCAAGCCCCCGACCACCACCACGGUGACGGUGAGGGCGACAGCCAGAUUCACGGUUCCGGCGCGAGGUGUUUAAACAAGCCACCUUGCUGUUGAUGGCCCUGGGAAUGACGGCGUGGGCGAGGGUGGUGCGAAUAUGUACAGGCUGGAGUUGUCGGCUUGGAUAUGCGUAACUUCUCUCUCUCUCUCUCUCUCUUGGCUAUUACCGGAGUCUCGGUGAACCUGGUGUUCAAGGUGAAGAAACUUUACACUUACCCUACAGCGAAGGUUUUCUUCUUUUUUGAUUAGGUAGUUGAGAACUAAAGAUAGAGAACAAGCUUAGGAUACCACUUUAAUAACGUCUCGGAAGGAACGAUUCAAA